CAUCAACUUUACGCCCUUUUUCUCAUCCCAAGCAAUCAAAACCAAUCUUAUAAUUAUAUCCUCCUCCAAAACCAACCUUCUUUCUGUGCCAAUUAAAAAUGAGUUCAAUAAUUGGAAACGAUGUAACACAAGUAAAACCAACAACAGAAGAAGAAGCGUCAUGUAUGGCAAUGUGUUUAGCUACAUGGUCAGUUCCAUCAAUGGUAUUCAAAACUGUACUUGAAUUGCACGUUAUUGAUAUCAUUUAUGCUGCUGGCCCUGAUGCUCAACUUUCUGCUGCUGAUAUUGUGGCCCAAUUACCCACUAAAAAUCCCAAUGCUGCCUCUAUGCUUGACCGUAUGCUACGCCUUUUGGCUAGCUUUACCAUCCUUACCUGCACUCACAAUGUUGGGCCUGAUGGUCGGGCUUUGAGGCUCUAUGGGCUUGGUCCCGUUUGUCAGUUCUUGGCUAAGAAUGAUGAUGAAGUUUCUUAUGCUGCCUUUGCCACGCUUAUGCAUGAUCAAGUUAUCAUGGAUACUUGGGUACAUUUGAAAGAUGCAGUUCUUGAAGGUGGUGUUCCAUUUAGGAAGAAUUAUGGUCAAUGUAUAUUUGAUUAUUUAGGAACAGAUUCCAGAUUUUAUAAAGUAUUUUAUGAUGGAAUGGACCAUCAUUCUACCAUUGUGAUGAAGAAAAUAAUGGAUAUUUAUCAAGGAUUUGAGGGUAUAAAUACUCUUGUUGAUGUUGGUGGUGCAACUGGUCUUACUCUUAGCAUGAUUAUUGCUAAAUACCCUUCUAUCAAGGCUAUUAACUUUGAUCUGCCUCAUAUCAUUAGAGAUGCCCCAACUUAUCCUGGUGUUGAGCAUGUUGCAGGGAACAUGUAUGAUAGUGUUCCCAAGGGUGAUGCUAUAUUUAUGAAGUGGACAUUUCAAUCAGGAACAGACGAACAAUGCGAAAAAUUGUUGAAAAAUUGCUAUGAAUCGUUACCAGAAGACGGGAAAGUAAUAAUAUGCGAGUAUGUCAUGCCUGAAACACCAGAAACAAGUUAUCAAGCUCAUACGGCUUUCAUUUGGGAUGCAAUUAUGCUCACAUUUCCUGAAGGUAAAUCAAGAACCAAACAAGAGUAUGAAGAAUUAGGCAAACAGGCUGGUUUUCACACUUUUCGUGUUGUUGGCUUUGCUUGCGAUACUUGGGUUAUGGAAUACCUCAAGAACUAACACUCAUCAAAAUUAUAUUGAAUUUGCAUUGCUUGCUUAAUUCACCUAUUCACUCAUAAUCUAUAUAUUAUGGAAUAAAUUAAUUAAGUAUGUAUCUUUUAGUAUUCAUAUCUUUGGAUUUAACAAAGUAUUUGUUAAACCUUGUGGAUGUAAUCUCUUUUAUUCCUAUCUAUUAUGCAUUUGAUUUGUUUUUAAUGUUAUAAUACUCCAUUUUCUUUUC